CGCUAACGAUUGGAAGCAAAAAAUCAUAGUUGCGCACAGUACAAUUAUAAAGUGAAUUGUUAUUUGUGUAUUUAUGCGAACGUUAAGUUUUAAAUUAAGAUUUCAUUCAAAUUGUUAAUUGGCAAAGUAGAACGAAUUGGUGGCUAGUUGCCUAUAAUAAAUAUUAGUAUAUAUUGGCAUGUAUACAUUUGUGCGCAAAUUUAGUGAAUAGAAAAAAAAUUUAUUUAUUUAAUUAUAUUAAAAUUUGCUACAUCCAUAUCGGCAUAACGCCGCUGAAACGUAAUUCGAAACUUGUUUCCUUUUGCUCCAAUGGUGCUGCUCAAUUGCAGCAGCUUCCAAGUGCAGUGCAACAUUAAUAAUUAAAUGCUAAAAUACGCUCAGCUAAUAAAUUAUGUAUUUUAAAUAACUCGGCGUCUAAGUGAGUUUGCAUGUAAUUUAUGCAGCAACAACAAACGCUGGAAAAAGUAAAAAUAAAAAACAGCCGUAAAGCAAAUUUUACCGGUAGCAGAGGUAAUUCAGUGUUUUUCGGGCAGUGGACAGUGUACAGUGUUUUAAUUAAAACAUUUUAUCGCUGUUUGCACACAAACAAAAACUGCGAUUAAUGUAUUUUUACAUUGCGAACUAUUAGACUUAUAGUAAAAUAAUAUUAUUAGGUAGUUGUAUACGCUCGGCUGAGAACAGAUACAUCUGCUUUAGGAAACACAAUUCAUACCAUAAAUCACUGAUAUGGAGAAUACCAGUGUUUUAUCUUUGAUCUCGCUCGGAGCUGAGGAGUCGACGAAUGAUUUCGAUUGGAAUGUCAGCACAACUGCAUCGCCAAGCGUCAUCGCCCAACCACUGGCGCUAUAUCACAACCGGCGACGUUUCUUGUUCAGCGGCAUUGUACUAUUACUGGGCGUUAUUGGCAAUUCUUUGGCGCUGUUGAUUUUGGCGCGCAAAAAGGCGACCAAGAACAGCAAAUAUACGUUAAUGUUACGUUGCUUGGCUUCGAAUAAUCUUAUCGGUCUACUCGGCAUGCUAUCGACGCUUUUGCUCAAAGUUUACGUGCCCGAUGAUAUGUUCAAGGCUUAUGUGCGUUGGGAUUGUACGCUGAAAGUGUUGUGUCGCUUCUUCGGACUUAGUUCCGGUUGCAUUGCGGCAGUCAUGGCCAUUGAACGUUGGAUGGCUUUAGCACGACCCUUCAUCUAUCACAAGCAUAUCACAUACGAGCUUGUGCGUAAAACCAUAAAUUCUCUGGUGCUCAUCGCAGUCGUUAUCACCUUUUUGCCUUUCACUGGUUUCGGCGCCUACAUCGAUGAGAGUAAUCCAGAAAAUCCGAAAUGUUUGCGUUAUCGUGACGCAGAAGGUUUUUGGAAUAAAACCUAUUCGGUAUUGUUUAUGCUUUUUGGCACCCUUUUGUGCGUCGUAAUUGUCGCUUGUAAUUUGUUCGUGACGCGCGUGCUUUGCUUCAUUGGACGUACUCGCACCACCAAACGACACAUGCACUACGAUCUGGUGAAUCGUGAGAAAGGCAGCAUUCACCGCAUCGAGGGCGAAUCGAACAGCGGCUCGUCGUUGUAUCAUCAUAGCAAUAGUGUCACAAUGACAGCAGACGCAUCCCCUGAUGAGAUUAAAUUCGCCAAGUUGAUGGCAUUCCUUAGCAUCUCGUUCGUGAUCUGUUGGAUGCCACAAAUGAUUGCCAUCCCCAUGGCCAUUUUACCGAAUCGUGUACCCAAGGCGCACCCAUUCUUUAUCUUGGCUGAUGUGCUGAUGGCGCUGCAUUUCACCUCAGAUCCAUACAUUUACGUAUUAAGUCGCACUAAACACUCGUACAUAUUGGGCUGCAUCAAGCGCUGUCGCUGCGAACUGCGACGCUCGCAGAGUGAUCAGAGUCGGCUACGCACCACCGUCGAGCAGAACACAACGGAUUGUGGACUGAACUGAGAUUCGUUGCGUGGCGCUCAGACGCCAGUGCGUAUACGCAUUUUAUAAUUGUAGAUAAACAAAUAAUUAUUUGACGAAUAUUUUUUAUUCAUUUUUGAGGGAUGUAAAUUACUUUUGUAUCGUAAGAGUGUGAAGCAAGGCAAAUCUAUACGAGUUGAAGUUAGUAUAGCAGCUGAUUUGUUGUUUUUUCUUGCAAUUUGGUCAAAGCUGUAUGUGUAUUUGUUGUUGCUUUGUUUCUUUAUUUACACUACGAUUGAAACUAGGUCAUUCAAACCACCAAAUUGCAAAAACAGAAUACAUGCAAAUGUUGCCUACUGAAUUCACUUUCAUUUUGUUGCAGUUGUCGAAUAGCUGAAAAACAUACCGAGAGAUCGAAAUUUAAAAAUACGAAUAUGAUUGGCAUGAAUGGUAAUUGAGAAAAACCAAAAAAGAAAAUACUUUGCAUCUUAACACUAAACCUAUUCAGAUUUUUUGUUCAAAUGGCACUUUAGCCUGUUAGACACGAGAGAUUAAAAAUAAUAUAGAAAAAUGGGGAAAAAAUCUUAAGUAAACGCAAUUUGGGAAAAUUGGAAAAGGUGGGCAUUUUAGUAUGUGAAGUGCAAAAAUGUUGUGUUUGUCCUCUAUGAAGCGAUAGGUUUAGUGUUAGAAGCACCUAAAAAAAUUGUAUUGUAAAACUGUACUUAAAGAUAUUUUAGAAUUUGUAUAUGUAUGUGUACAUAAAACAUAAGUUGUAUAUAAGCAAGGAAAAACAUGUCACAAAAAAUCAUUUGCCUUCGCCAUAAUUUAUCUAAAUACAUACAAUACAUACACAAUUUUUUGUAUAACUGAAUGUAGAACGUAUGUAUGUAUGUAGCUCUGCACAAACUUUGCUAGCUUGUAAGUUGUAAAUGAUUUUAAAAUAAAUGACUAUUUUUAUUAUGUAUUUGAUAAGCUGGCGUGAGUCAAAAGAUUACGAAUUUCCAAAAAAUUUAAUUGAAAGCUAUUUUUAGCAGCAAUUGUUAUUGGUAUGAGUUUAAAAUUUUAUUUAUUUUUCACAUAUACAUACAUAUUAUAGAAAAUUUUAAAUCUUUCGAUCAAAUGUAUUUUUUUACUUACUUUUCUUUUAUCAAUACGCAAU